AUGGAUGAAAAACCAACAAAAACUUGUCUUCAGAAGUCGAAAGCGAAGAAGUCAGUAACUGCCGAUGAUGUACCAGAAGCCGAUGAAAAAGGAGAAAGUGAUAGUGAACAACCACUGAAGGAGAUGAAAAUGAAGGCAAAGCACGAUGCUGUGAAGAGAAAGGAAGGCUCUGUUUUGAACUGCAUAACAAGUUACUUCUCCAUGACAUCAUUUUUACCUGCUAAUGAUAAUAACAUAGAAGAUGGAAAAGAGGAAACUGAUGGUGACCAGCAACAAAAGGAGGCUAGAACCAAUGUAAAGCACGACACUUCCAAGAAGAAAAAGAAAGUUUCUGAAGAUCCUGAAGCAACCACCCCAUCAAGGAAGUCGCAGAGAUUGAAAGAUCAGGUAUCACCUAGUUCACCUAAGCCUGAAGCAGAAAAGAAAACAAUGAGUAAAAAAAAAGAUGUUUCUGAUCGGCAAGCUGAGGAGCAAUUAACUGCGAACACUAGUGCAUCUAGAGUUCAGCCUACUAAGAGAAAAAAGAAAGCAGAGAAAGCUGCACCGAAGGAAGUUUUGGAUGAUGAUACAGAGAAUGAGGAUGAUACAGAUGAUUUUGAGAAAGUUGCACCAAAGGAAGCUGGUAAGAUUUGCUUGUGA